UUGUGUAGGGAUGUUGAUAAGAUUUUGAGUAGGAUAGGUUCUGAAAGUAUGGAUGAUGAGCAUUCACGGUCAGUUUUGCGGAUGAAAGAGAUUGCGUCAUCCGUUGUUACUAAACGAGCUAAGAUUUCAACUACUAGGCGUGGUGAACCUGCUGUAUCGGUUAAUGGAGUUGAUACGGAGACUGUGGAGAGCGGGGCGGGUUUGGCCUUGACCCUAAGCAACAAGGAUGUGGAUAUUGGAGGGCUUCACAAGAGUUUAUUUGGAAAUGAAGUAUGGGAGGUCAAAACUCAGACAGGAAAUGAAGAUGCUCAGGGUGAAAACCAGGGCAACAUAAUGAUUGAGCCAUCGGUUACGGGCAAUGGAGAUGUCAGGGGUGGAGGGGAAGAGGGCAGAACACUUGUUGAUGAAGCAAUUACAGCUUGCAAUGAGGAGCAAAUUGGACAGACAGAAGGGAUGAUGUUUGAUAAUAUGGAAUUGGAGGUUGAAGAUCUGUUGGGUACUGAAGAUGGCCAGAAUGGUAAGCAAGAAACCUUUAAUAGGGCAUCUGAGCCAAGAAAUGAGAGCAGUAAGCAGCAGGUGAGAAAAUCACCUCCACCAUCACCCGUUCCGCUCUCUUUUAUGUGGCCUGCAGAUGGGAAUAUCACCUUAGAUUGGGUAAAGAAUAUGAUGGCUACACUUGAUCAGGCUUCAAAGAAGGUUCCGCUCUCAGAGUUUCGGUCUGUCAUGCCAAUUUCUGUAGUGGAUGAGUUAAUUAAUGCUGCUUCAAGUACACUGUCCAAGGAACCAAAUUGCGUAGAAGUUGAUUGCCAUGGAGAGGCUUCAAGAGUUGUUUUAGUGGGUGACAUUCAUGGCCAAUUUCAUGAUUUACUCAAUCUUUUUGAUCUUGCUGGGCUUCCCUCUGAGAAUCAAUUUUAUGUUUUCAAUGGAGAUUAUGUAGACAGAGGAGCGUGGGGCUUGGAGGUGUUUUUGGUAUUGCUGGCUUGGAAGGUUUUGAUGCCUGGCAGAGUUUAUCUGCUUCGUGGGAAUCACGAAACGGCAUUUUGCACAACAGUAUACGGUUUUGAGCAAGAGGUCAAGACCAAAUAUGGUGAUCUAGGUGAAACGGUCUACAAGAAAUGCCUGGAAUGCUUCAAAGAACUCCCUUUAGCCUCCAUUAUAUCAAGUUGUGUAUACACCACUCAUGGAGGACUUUUCCGGAGCAUGCAGGUGGGUCCUUUGCGAAGGUCUAAGCGAAAGAGGGUACUGGAGUUAGGUUCUUUAGAAGACUUGUCUAAAGUGAAUAGAUUUCUUGUAGAUGCAUCAGAUGAAGUUCCAAGCAUAUUAACUGAUGUGCUAUGGUCAGAUCCAUCUAAAGAAGAUGGUCUAGUUGAAAAUGAGGGUCGAGGAAUGGGUCUAUCAUGGGGUCCUGAUUGCACCGAGAAUUUUUUAAAACAAUCCAAAUUAAAGUUGAUCAUAAGAUCACAUCAAGGUCCUGAUGCAAGGGUUGGUCAAGAUGAUUUUGGAGAUAUGUUAAAUGGAUACAGCCUGGACCAUGUUGGAGAAUCGGGGAAGCUCUACACCUUAUUUAGUGCUCCCAAUUACCCGCAGACUUCAACAGAUGGCUUCUCCUCGUCUCAAACCACUUCACCAGCUUGGAUUACCUCUAAGGUUGACUUUGAGGCAAUGGGCAUUUCAAACCCUCCUUCCUGGAGCAUUUCCUUGGCGGAUAAUGCAGGCGGCACCAAAGAUGUCCAAGUUUCUAGAGCCCCAACAGCAGCAGGACUGCCUCUACCUUCAGACUUGCCAGAGCCUCACAAGGCUGCGUUCGAGUAUCUCUUUGAGCUUGUUGCUGCGCUGAAGCAUAUGCUUUCAACAAGCGUGAUUGAGAGCAAAUCCCAAGGGUCGGCCGAAAAAGGAAGAGGACCAAAUGAAAACGAAGGGCAAAAGCAAAACAGUCUGGUCAACUUUAAGCCCAAGGAGAAUACAUCAGCAUAACAUGCCAAGACUGGCUAGACAUUCAUUGCUAUCCGUAUCUGGAGAUUCUUAUGUCUUUAUACCCUUAACGUUGUUUUUGUAAAGAUCAGACUUAGCUUAAUCACAGUAUGUGCAUUUCUAGAUGUGAAUACUUUUGUUAGUGUUUUGGGGCUCAAUUGGCAGGCUAACUACUAGGCUGUAGCUGCUGCUGUGAUGCGUUGUAAGUUGUAAUGCGCCAUAUGCACCAUUCAAUACUAUAAACGAGAAUAGAUAUAUGACCCUGUUUGUUUUGUAGGUUUGAACAAAAAUUUUAAUUCUAAUUUUUAUAGAACGA